GGGGGGUUCACACGGGGCGGCUGAGAGGCGGACAGCCGCAGUGCAGCAGCGGCAGAGUCGGGUUCGGGGGGGAAGCAGCCUCGAUGUGGUCAGAUGUGUUUCUUCAGUCACCAAUAAACACUGUUUCUGGUCACUCAGCCCAGUGUGGGACAUGCUAGCUAGUGGCUGUACGUGCUGUCGACCUGGCGGGUUUGUGAGCAGGAUGCCGCCUCUCCUCUAACCUCUUGGCAUUUUCAGUUCCUCCAGCAGCCUAUUCAUAGCCACGCUCUUUGUUUUCUUCUCCCAGGUUAUAAACGUGGGAAGUCAACUCCCUGGCAGUGUUCAACGUGCAGUUCCCUGUUUUUGGCCAAUGUUUGCUGCGCUACAGCAUGACCACAGCAGCGUCUGCUCAUCUGGUAGUUCUGGCAAAUGAAAAUGGAGGAGGUUUCAAUGUCCAGCCUGGACAACAGCAAGCUGGAGGCCCUAGCUCAGGACAUCCUGUCUGACCUGGUGGAGGAUGCAUGCCUGGGUCUUUGCUUCGAGGUCCACCGGGCUGUUAAGCAGGGUUAUUUUUUCCUGGAUGACACGGACCAAGAAAGCAUGAGGGACUUUGAAAUUGUGGACCAGCCAGGACUGGACGUGUUCGGCCAGGUGUACAACCAGUGGAAAAACAAGGAGUGUGUGUGUCCCAACUGCAGCCGAAGCAUCGCUGCCUCACGCUUCGCCCCACACCUGGAGAAAUGUCUGGGGAUGGGACGGAACAGCAGCCGUAUAGCCAACCGCAGAAUAGUGACUGGUAACAACAACAACAAGUCAGAAAGCGACCAAGAAGAUAAUGACGACGUCAACGAUAAUGACUGGUCUUAUGGGGCAGAAAAGAAAGCCAAGAAAAGGAAAUCUGAUAAGAAUCCAAACUCACCAAGAAGAUCCAAAUCAUUCAAGCAUAAGAGCAACAUGAUGGGUCCUAGACGCAGAAUGGACAACCAGGAGAGCCCACGCAUGCUGAUGAAAGAUGAGGCGUUCUCUCAAUAACGCACUUGGCCACAAACACACAUUCUCUUAGCAUUGCGUGUGGACGCACGCACUGAGGCGGCACACGGGAAGACCAAUAACACUUCACCUUUGGUUCUUUAUGUUGUGAAAUCAAUGGACGUUGAUGUUAUAGGUGACAUUUGUGGUGUCAGAAGCAGUCCAGAACUCUCACUGUAUACUUGACAAAUUUCUUUUUUUUUCACGAAAUCAUCGUACCAACACUCAAUUUUUGUUUUUUUGAGGGGUGGGGGUUAGUUUAUUUUUCAGUUCAGAAUAAUGAAUAUCACGAUUUCACUGCACAGAGGUAGAGUCUGGUGUGAUUCAUUCAGCGGCGGAGCAGAGGCAGCCAUGUGCACAUACAAUAAAUACAGACAUAAUUAGGAACUAGGUGCUCUUCUUUUAAAAUCUCAUUCUCUAAAAAAUAACGUCAGAGACAAUCAUUGCUAAUGGUUUGUCUGUUACUUUCAAAUUCAGGCUCAGUUCUCCAGCUGAAUUCCAACACAAGCAGCCGUUUGUCCUUCACCUGUGGAAACUUGUUUUUAAAAAAAUCAGUAAUUGAAGCCCCGAACUGUACAAGCAGGUAUUUGCUGCUGAGAGCAGGUUUGUUUUCGUUUCAUUUUUUUCAGUGGAUAGAUCGGCUUGUUUUCUAGCAUCCUGUAUCAUGUGUUUACAUUGUAAGGGUUACAUUUGUCCUUGGUGUGAUGUGAUAGUGUAAAUAUUCUAAUAGUUGAAUUGCUGCUAUCAUGGCUCAGUUUGUUUCAUCUGUCUAGCAUAAUAAAUGAUUUGUUACCUGU